GGCCCGCGGUCCCUUUAACGCGCGGCCCGAGGGGGCGGCGGCGGGGCGCACGGACGCGGCGGGCCUCGCGCCCUCCCUGCCUGCGUCCCGGGCCGGGGGCGCAUGGGUGGCCGCGGGCGGCGGGACAGCAGCCGUGGUGUGCGCGGGGCCGGGGCCGGGGCUGAGGCCGGCAGGGCGGGCGGGGCCGGAGCGGCCGGGCGGGGGCGCGGGGGCCUGGCGCGGCUGGGCCGGGAGCGGCGCGCGGGCGGGGCGCGGGCCGGCGGCGGGGAGGCGCCCGCGUCCAAGGCCCGGGCCGGGCCUUAGCGCCGCGCCAUGGCGGAGACCAAGAUCAUCUAUCACAUGGACGAGGAGGAGACGCCGUACCUGGUCAAGCUGCCCGUGGCGCCCGAGCGCGUCACGCUGGCCGACUUCAAGAACGUGCUCAGCAACCGGCCCGUGCACGCCUACAAAUUCUUUUUCAAGUCCAUGGACCAGGACUUCGGGGUUGUGAAGGAGGAGAUCUCCGACGACAAUGCUAGGCUGCCCUGCUUCAAUGGCCGCGUGGUCUCCUGGCUGGUCCUGGCUGAGGGCACACACUCGGAUGCAGGGUCUCAGGGCACUGACGGCCACGCAGACCUGCCUCCGCCUCUCGAGCGGACAGGCGGCAUCGGGGACUCCCGGCCCCCCUCCUUCCACCCGAAUGUGGCCGGCAGCCGAGAUGGGAUGGACAACGAGACCGGCACGGAGUCCCUGGUCAGCCACCGGCGGGAGCGAGCCCGACGCCGGAACCGCGAGGAGGCCGCCCGGACCAACGGGCACCCGAGGGGGGACCGGCGGCGGGACCUGGGGCUGCCCCCCGACAGCGCGUCCACCGUGCUGAGCAGUGAACUUGAGUCCAGCAGCUUCAUCGACUCGGAGGAGGACGACAACACCAGCCGGCUGAGCAGCUCCACGGAGCAGAGCACCUCCUCCCGGCUCAUCCGGAAGCACAAGCGCCGGCGGAGGAAGCAGCGCCUGCGGCAGACAGACCGGGCCUCCUCCUUCAGCAGCAUCACGGACUCCACCAUGUCCCUGAAUAUCAUCACCGUCACGCUCAACAUGGAGAGGCACCACUUCCUGGGCAUCAGCAUCGUGGGCCAGAGCAACGACCGGGGCGACGGCGGCAUCUACAUCGGCUCCAUCAUGAAGGGCGGCGCCGUGGCUGCCGACGGCCGCAUCGAGCCGGGUGACAUGCUGCUGCAGGUGAACGACGUCAACUUUGAGAACAUGAGCAACGACGACGCGGUGCGGGUCCUGCGGGAGAUCGUGUCCCAGACAGGGCCCAUCAGCCUCACUGUGGCCAAGUGCUGGGACCCGACGCCCCGGAGCUACUUCACCAUCCCGAGGGCUGACCCCGUUCGGCCCAUUGACCCGGCCGCCUGGCUGUCGCACACGGCGGCGCUGACCGGAGCCCUGCCCCGCUACGGUACGAGCCCCUGCUCCAGCGCCGUCACGCGCACCAGCACCUCCUCACUAACCAGCUCGGUGCCCGGCGCUCCGCAGCUGGAGGAGGUGCCGCUGACGGUGAAGAGUGACAUGGGCGCUGUCGUCCGGGUCAUGCAGCUGCCGGACUCAGGCCUGGAGAUCCGUGACCGCAUGUGGCUCAAGAUCACCAUCGCCAACGCCGUCAUUGGGGCGGACGUGGUGGACUGGCUGUACACGCACCUGGAGGGCUUCCGUGAGCGGCGGGAGGCGCGCAGGUACGCCAGCAGCAUGCUGAAGCGCGGCUUCCUGCGGCACACGGUGAACAAGAUCACCUUCUCCGAGCAGUGCUACUACGUCUUCGGGGACCUGUGCAGCAACUUCGCGGCCCUGAACCUCAACAGCGGCUCCAGCGGGGCCUCGGAUCAGGACACGCUGGCCCCGCUGCCCCACCCGGCCGCCCCCUGGCCCCUGGGGCAGGGCUACCCCUACCAGUACCCGGGGCCCCCGCCCUGCUUCCCGCCCGCGUACCAGGACCCCGGCUUCGGCUAUGGCAGCGGCAGUGCUGGCAGUCAGCAGAGUGAAGGAAGCAAAAGCAGUGGGUCCACCCGGAGCGCUGGCGGGAGCAGCCGUCGGGCCCUGGGGCGCGAGAAGGAGAGCCGGUCGGCUGGAGCUGGGGGCAGUGGCAGCGAGUCGGACCACACAGUGCCAAGCGGGGUGGGCAGCGGCGGCUGGCGGGAGCGUCCUGCUGGCCAGCUCAGCCGUGGCAGCAGCCCGCGCAGCCAGGCCUCGGCCGCCGCCCCAGGGCUCCCCCCGCUGCACCCCCUGACAAAGGCGUACUCGGUGGUGGGUGGGCCGCCUGGGGGGCCGCCUGUCCGGGAGCUGGCCGCUGUCCCCCCGGAGCUGACAGGCAGCCGCCAGUCCUUCCAGAAGGCCAUGGGGAACCCCUGUGAGUUCUUUGUCGAUAUCAUGUGACCAAGGAGAGAGUGCUUCCGGCCUGGCCACUGCUUCCAGCCAGUGGUCCUGCUGCCCCUGCAGGAGGGGCUGCACCUGGAGCCUUUGUGGCCUUCGUGGCCUUCCUGGGCCAGACCAGCCUGUGCUUCGUGCCAUGGGGUCUGGGCCUGGCCAGAGUGGCAGCAGGCUGGAGGAGAGGGGCUGAGGGCAGCCCAGGCCACCGUAACCUGGAUGGCAGCCCGUUCUCCUGGCCAGAGCAGCUGUGUCUGUGCAGACCCUGGUGGGGGGGCCUCCAUCUCCCUGUGCUCAGGCAGGUCUGACCUGCCCCCCUUGGCGUGUGCCUCAGGGACCCGCACUCGCCCACAGUGCUGUGCACGGGGCCUCAGGUUGAGCUGAGAGGUGGCCGCUAGGCCUGGGCCCCCCUCUUCACCCGGUUCCCAGGCCCCACCUCCCAUCCUGCCCAGGCCGGGGUGGGGGGCCUUCUCGGGGGUAGGGUCCUAGCCCCGAGGCCUCUCUCUGGCUGCCCAGGGUAGGGAUCUAAUUUAUUUAUUUAUUGCCUGGCCUGUGUGCUCCACGGGGUGGCGGCCAAGUCAGCUGUCCCCCACCCCCAGCCACUGGAGCAGAGUUUCAUGUGUUCACCCCCACCCCGCAGGGACACACGGUGUGUCUGAAGGUGUGCGGGAGGACGGUGAGGGGGAGAUGGCAGGAGAGGGAAGGUGACCCUGAGGGCAAGGGCCACAGAUGCACACAGCUGCUGCCGGGGCGGGGUCUGGGGCAGAGGGCGUGGCCAGUUCGCCCCUCCCCGCGGUCCUGGGGUGGCCGCCCACGCACGCACGCACGCACGCACGCUGCUUCCUCCGUCCAGCGUCGCUGCCCUGCACACGUCUGCACUGUAGAUACUGUGCAGGCUGGAGCGUCGUCCAGGUAGUUAAUAGAGCUGCUUCUGUGUAAAUGCUAUUUUAAACACUAAAAAGCAUUUAAUUUUAUGGGA